AUGUCUCCCUCACAAGAACACCUUCCACGCGCUUGGAAUUCCACUGUUAAAACAUCUCACGAACUUGAACCAGCCGAGCUUGAGGACGCCUCAUGGGCGCUAUCUCCCAACACCCCAAAUUCCUACCUGAAAGAGCACGAGGAAAACAAAUCUUUACUCGGUACAUCGACCCAAUCACGCUUGAGCUUGCACGAUGUCAAUCUCGACAACGGUGAACUUGACCCCGAGCGCACCACAUCCAACCCAGGAAUCAUCCGUGGUAGUAUAGCUUGGUGGAAUCGGUUCAAAAAAACUCAAUCCGGAAAGAUUUUUGUGUUCACCUCUAAAGCUACCGCCGCGCUACUCUUCAUCUUCCUUUUGGCCAAAGAAAUCGUCGACCUGUCUUCUGCCGAAUCGCCGCCAAUGGUAACCAACAUAACAGCGGUGACGCCAUCCGCUGCUGACCAGAAAACCUGCACCUCCAAACUAUGGUCGAAUGGCCACUGGGUGAAACGCAAUGCCACAUCAAUGCCGCUUCCCCCACCGAUUCGCUCCCAAGCCCAAGCCAUGAAAGUAUCGAAUUUCCCUGCGCAUUAUUGCGCCAGUAACCGUCUCCCUCUUACCAACACCGGAAUCCCUCGUCUUGAGAAUAACACUGCUGAGUAUUGGGACUGGCGCUAUCGAGUUAGUAGCUACGAUUGGCGCUCUGGUUGCGAAGCUUCAGGAAUUCCAGUCAAGCCGCAUCCUACUCCAGAAAAACUGCUGAAUACGCUGGUCAAUGAGGGUGGAUGGUUGAUGAUUGGUGACUCACUAUCAGCUCAAUGGUUCAUGUCGCUAUCCUGCUAUCUGGCACCCUAUGUAACUGCCGUACCCGUUUUCACUCCGGAGACUCCAUGGAAUGCGACCCAGCAUUUGUAUCUCAACAAUGCAUCUUCUCUGGUUCAAAGCAUGGAAUUACCCGAUGGGUUUGACCUCAACACAACACCACUGGUGUCGAUUUUACGGAGUGGCCUUCUAUUGUCGAAGCCAGAGAUAAAAGAAGUGAUUGAAAAAAACAACCUGAUUAACGACGACAAGCCAAUGUUUGGUCCUGAGAAAGUUUUCGACAUGCAUACUGCUGAAUACACUGCGGACUUUUUGGAUCCAAAGCUACGAUAUUCCAAGAUGAUUGCAUCCUCGGGAGCCCAUUACACCGCAAUGCUCUUCCAAGACCGACCUUUCCAUCAAAUCGCGGACAUCUUUCACUACAACUUCGAACGCUGGGCUGAAAUCAUGACUGAGGUUCUCAAGGAUCCUCGUUCCAAAGGCAAGAAGAUCCUCUAUCGUACAGCCACUGCCGGUCACGAUAAGUGUAACCUGGAAAGGAAAGGGCCAUGGAACGAAGAAAAAAUCUUAGAAACCCCUGUGUGGAAUUGGCAGAUCAUUCCAUUGUUCAACAAAAUUGCUGAUUCGGUCAUCACUGCCCUCAAUCAGCCCAGAUUGGAGUUGAUGGCGAUUGAAAGACCUGCCAUGAUGCGACCUGAUGGUCACAUUUUGAUUGAUUGUCUACAUUUCACGGUUGGCGCCGGCAUCAUUGAGGGUUGGACUGACUUCCUAUACAAUUAUGCAUGA